AAUAUGAAUACAAAUUUAUUGAAGAAAUAGUUACAGACGUCUCCAACAAGAUCAACCGUUGUCAUUUACAUGUUGCUGAGUACCUUGUUGGACUCGAAUCUCGAAUAUCAGAAGUGAAUUCACUUCUAGACUUGGGAUGUACCGAUGGAGUCUACAUAAUAGGAAUCCUUGGAACUGGAGGUCUGGGUAAGACAACACUUGCUGAAGCAGUUUAUAAUUCAAUUGUUAAUCAAUUUGAAUGUAGGUGUUUCCUUUACAAUGUUAGAGAAAAUUCAUUUAAACAUAGCUUAAAGUAUCUCCAAGAGCAGCUCCUCUCCAAAUCAAUCGGAUAUGACACCCCGCUAGAACAUGAUAAUGAAGGAAUUGAAAUCAUAAAACAAAGGCUAUGUCGGAAGAAAGUUUUGUUGAUUCUUGAUGACGUUGACAAACCAAAUCAGUUGGAGAAAUUGGUCGGAGAGCCUGGUUGGUUCGGUCAAGGAAGCAGAGUCAUCAUUACCACUCGAGACAGAUAUUUGUUAUCAUGCCAUGGGAUAACAAAAAUAUACGAAGCAGACAGUUUAAAUAAGGAAGAAUCUCUUGAAUUGUUAAGAAAGAUGACUUUUAAAAAUGAUUCCAGCUAUGAUUAUAUUUUAAACCGUGCAGUUGAAUAUGCUUCUGGCCUUCCAUUAGCUUUAAAAGUAGUGGGUUCCAACUUGUUUGGAAAGAGUAUAGCAGAUUGUGAGUCAACCUUAGAUAAGUAUGAAAGAAUUCCACCUGAAGAUAUCCAAAAGAUACUUAAAGUAAGCUUUGAUACUUUGGAAGAAGAACAACAGAGUGUCUUUUUGGAUAUUGCUUGUUGCUUCAAAGGAUGUGAUUGGCAGAAGUUUCAGAGACACUUCAAUUUCAUUAUGGCCAUUCAAUGACACAUCAUGUUAGAGUGUUGGUUGAUGAAUCUCUCAUAAAGAUUAGUGCUCCAGAUCCAUACUACACUUCUUAUAUUGUUACAUUACAUGACUUGAUAGAGUAUAUGGGUAUAGAAAUAGUCCGACAAGAAUCAAUUAAAGAGCCUGGAGAGCGCACUAGGUUGUGGCGUCAUGAUGAUAUAGCUCAUGUUUUAAAACAAAACACAGGAACUAGUAAAAUUGAAAUGAUAUAUCUGAAUUGUUCCUCAAUGGAACCCAUCAACAUCAAUGAAAAGGCCUUUAAGAAGAUGAAAAAACUCAAAACACUUAUCAUUGAAAAGGGCUAUUUUUCUAAAGGUCUCAAGUAUCUUCCAAAAAGUUUGAUAGUAUUGAAAUGGAAAGGAUUUACUUCGGAGCCUCUAUCAUUUUGUUUUUCAUUCAAGAAGAAGCUCAUGAACCUGAGAAUCUUGACCUUUGACUGUAGUGACUAUUUAACUCAUAUACCUGAUGUUUCAGGUCUUCCAGAAUUAAUAAGGCUCUCAUUUCAAAAUUGUAAAAAUUUAACUACAAUUCACAAUUCAGUUGGGUACCUUUAUAAACUUGAAAUCUUAGAUGCGACCAUGUGCAGGAAGCUCAAGAGUUUUCCACCCUUAUGUCUGCCGUCUCUUAAGAAAUUGGAACUCCAUUUUUGUAGGAGUCUCAAGAGUUUUCCAGAAUUAUUAUGCAAGAUGUCAAAUAUAAAAGAGAUUUGGUUAUGUGAUACUUCCAUAGAAGAAAUGCCAUUUUCAUUUAAAAAUCUCAAUGAACUUCAAAAGUUAGUAAUAAUGGACAAAAAUUUCAAAAUUCUUCCCAAGUGCCUUAGUGAAUGUCACUAUCUUGAGCAUCUUUAUUUGGAUUACUGUGAGUCUCUUGAGGAAAUUAGAGGGAUUCCACCCAAUCUAACAAAUCUUUAUGCAGAAGGAUGUAAAUCAUUGAGUUCCUCAAGUAGAAGAAUGUUAUUGAGUCAGCGACUGCACGAUGCUGGUUGCAACAAUAUUGUUUUGCCAACCGGAACAGAGGGGAUUCCAGAUUGGUUCGAGCAUCAAGUCAGGGGACACAACUCAAUUUCUUUCUGGUUAUGUAAAAAGAUCCCUUCUAUAACUUGUAUUAUUCUUAUUCCGGAAUUUGCGGCGAUUAAAAAAUUCAAUUUGUUUGUCAAUGGCAAUGAACUUAUUGGUUCUGGCUAUCUUUUCGAUUAUAAGGGGACAGUUCUGCCGUCGGAACAUGCAUUUUUGUUUGAUAUGAAUUUGGAUGACCAUAUUGACGAGAGUUUUGGAAAUAAGCCUGAACUGUACGAAGCAUUUAAAAAUAAUGAAUGGAACCAUGUAGAGCUUAAUUGGAUCACGGAGAAGGAUGAUCAUGUUAGUGCACAAAUGGGAAUCCACGUGUCAUGGGAGGGGGAUGUGAUAUUCACCGAUCCUUAUAUUAUAGAGAGAAGAUAUAAUGAAAGAAGAGGAGAAAGAAAUAUUAAACAGUGGACAAGAUGAAAGAAAUAUGUGGGGUACAUUCCUUGAUCCAGGUGCGCCAUAAAGUUAACCGUCUUGUUGUUAUCCUCUCAAUCUCAACUUUGCAGGUUUGUGCUUUACUGUUUACAGUUGAAAUCAUUAUCAUUAUUAUAAAUAUUGAUUAAUUUCUGUAUAUAGUCAAUUACAAAUUCAUUGUUUAUAGAUGGAGAAGUUGCUUAAAUCAUGAGACAUGAUGUAAGAUUAUGUGUCUGACACGUGUCUCAUGCCGACACAUGUGAUUACAUUGAAAUAUAUUAUUUUCUUAAAUUACUAUCAAUGUUGACGAAUCAGUGUUAGUGUCGAGUUCGGUGUUCGUGUUUGUUCUCCUACAUCAAUGGAGGAUUUUUUUCCUGCUUACCAAGUAUUUUUUCUCUCCAUGUUCUGAUGGUUACAAUGUCGACAUGAAAGUUCUCCGAGUUUGCGACUGCUUAAAGAUCAACAAGUAGACCGUCUUAAGAUAUAUCCCUUCAGUCCAGAACUUUUAAAAGGUGUGGUGGAGGUUGGCCACUUUCUCACAAUAUCUAAUAAAUUGCUUCGAAUCCUAGAUGAAUGUUGUUACAAGAAACAAUUUGUAGUUGCCUUUCUUUGUGCAUUGUCAUACGAGAUGUCUAGAGGUGUUGCUUGAAAGGGAAUUGGGUAAUCAUACGCUUUGCAGAUCAGUUGGAAUUUUGUGUUGCCACAUUGGGUGUGAAUUGAACAUUUCACAUGAUCCUUCUGCAGCUCUACGUAAUUUCAUUCGUUCUAUCCAUACCUUCCCCUGGUUGAAAUGACUAUGAAGUGAUGGGUUUCUCAAACUAAACUCUGUCCUUACUGGAAAAGAGCUUUUGGAUAUGCAAGAAGUUAUGUGUGGUAAAGAGUUAAAUCUGAUAACCGACAUUUAUGAGAUCCUUUUGCAAGAGUCGUGCUUUUGUUCUCCAAAAUCCUAAUCAAUGUUAUUGGUAUAAUACUCAAUGCACUCUGGUUUUUAUAUGGUGAGACAUGAUGUAAGUUUUUAAGGAGGAUGUUUGUGCUACAGAUAUUGUUUGAAUUUGAUUCUUUCAUUAUUGUAUGUUCAGAAGCAUGUGUACUGAAAAAGCAAAUAUCAGAAACUUCGAUGUUGCUAACUUAA